GCACAAAUCCUUUCCGCUAAUCGGUUCUCGCCGGCUCACGGGGAUUCAGACAUCAUCCGUGGGUACCGUAGUGUAUAGCGUGUGUGUACUUACAGUGUGAGGAGCAAACACACGCAGACAGUCUUUGACAGUGAAUGCAAGCAGAAGCAGCAGCUAGCUUGAUCACGACGAAAAUGGAUUUAAAUGCCAUCAUAGAGCAAAUGGAGACGGGAGACCAAGACAGCGCUUUGGCGGCUUUACAGAGCUACAACAAGGAGAUGAACCAGUGCUUUACAUUCAGCAACGAAGAUGAGCGUGACAGAGAGGAAGGAAGCUUACAAAAGCAUCUGGGGGAGUUGGUGCUCGGUUUCCUCAACAGGGAUUUGCAGCCUUCCUGUCUGCUGGCCUGUCUAGAAACUGUUAGAAUUCUGUCCAGAGACAAACAUCGCCUGGAUCCAUUCAUCACCCGCUCAGCUAUGUUAACUCUUGCCCGCUAUGCUGGUAUUGUAGUGGAUAUUACCGCCACACCUGCCCACAGCCAUCUGGUGGAGGGACAAGUGGAGGGUGAAGGAGGAAAUGGGGAAGAGGCAGCAGAAGAGUCCAGUAAGAUGGUUAAGGAAUCCUCCCCUCAUUCAGAAAAUUCAGAUCAGGAAGUGAUUGUUGAGGCCCUCAAGUCCAUCUGUAACAUCCUCCUACACAAUGAGACUGGACAGGUGGUGGCAGCAGAUCUGCAGCUGAUUAAAGGUGUGGCUGAGAGGCUGAAGCAAUGUCACGAUCCCACUUGGAACCAUGAGGUACGUUUCUUUGAUUUGCGCCUCACCUUCCUGCUGACUGCCCUGAGAGUGGAUGUCAGGGCACAGCUGGCUCAGGAGCUUCACGGCAUCAGUCUCCUAGGCAACCAACUGGAUGCCACACUGGAUCUGUGUUGGCCAGAUACACUGGAGACAGCAAGGGCAGGGUUUGAAAGCAUCCCACCUGAAGAACUGCCCCCACUGAGCCGGGAACAGACAGAACGAGCUAUGGAGAUACUGAAAAUACUCUUCAAUGUCACAUUUGACACAUCCAGACGCAAGGUUGAUGAGGAAGAGGCAGCAGAGUACAGACAUUUGGGAGCCAUACUGAGACACUGUCUGCUGAGCCAUGCAGAUGGAGAGGAGCGGACAGAGGAGUUUCACAGCCAUACUGUGAAUUUGCUAGGUAACCUCCCUCUACCUUGUUUGGAUGUACUGUUGAUGCCUAAGGUGCAGCAAGGCUCCAUCGAGUACAUGGGGGUCAACAUGGAUGCUGUCAACAUGCUGCUAGAAUUCAUGGAGAGAAAGCUUGACCGAGGACACAAGCUGAAGGAGACCCUUCUCCCAUCACUGAAUUUGCUGACUGAGAGUGCCCGCAUCCACAGAGAGACCAGGAAGUUCCUCAGGUCAAAAGUCCUGCCUCCGCUGCGUGAUGUGAAAAACAGGCCAGAGGUGGGCAACGCUCUGAGGAACAAAAUAGUUCGUCUUAUGACGCACAUUGACACUGACGUCAAGGACCAUGCUGCUGAAUUCCUCUUUGUUCUCUGCAAAGAAAAUGUUUCAAGGUUCAUCAAGUACACCGGAUACGGAAAUGCUGCAGGUCUGCUGGCUGCCAGAGGACUGCUUAGAGGGGGCAGAGACUCUGGGAUCUACUCUGAGGAUGAGGACUCUGAGACAGAAGAAUACAAAGAGGCCAAAGCCCAUAUAAACCCAAUAACAGGAGUUGUAGAAGAGGAGCAGCCCAAUCCGAUGGAGGGAAUGACAGAAGAGCAAAAAGAAUUGGAAGCUAUGAAGCUGGUCAGCAUGUUUGACAGACUUUCAAGGUGUAAUGUGAUCCAGCCCAUGCAGCUUGGUAUGGAUGGGAAGAUGAGAGAGAUGACUCCAGAUGAUCUGCAUAAAGUGUCCCACAAUCCUUUGGUCCAGCCAGAAGAACCAACUAAUUCAGAAAGUGAGGAUGAUGCCCAGUAAACACAGGAGUUUGAUGGAAGAAACAGAUUGAACCCCUGUGACCCCUAGAUAAUCUGGUUUAUUAAUUUAGACAUUUACAUGUCACACAUGUAUCCUGUUCUACUUUGUUUAUUUUGAUAGAAAAAGAGGAACAGAAAGUUGGGCUUUGUUAGUCAAAUUAAAAACAGCAUUGGGUAAAAUGCUGACCAUUUUCCAGUUGUGUUGAUUAAUGUCUUUCCCUUCCAGACAUUUGUUGCAGUUCAUUUUAGCCCACUAUGAAAACUUAUUGACAUUGUGCACCACUUAAAGAACACCAGAAAGUUUUCAAAAUGGAUUAAGAAUCUUCACAUUCAGUAAAAAAGUGAAGCAGAAAGAGCAUAUGAGCAUUUUCAUUCAGGGUUUUCUGAAGGUCAACAACUGACUCUCUAGCAACAAUCCCCAAAAGCUUCCUACUUACACACAGCAAAUAUCAGCCAUAAAAUAUGUACAAAGCACUUGUAUGGCCCUUUAAAUGGUCAUCUGGUCUAAAUAAAUACAUUUUUUUUCUAAAAACUUAGUUUCUAACAAAGAAGUUAUUUAUUGAGAUAUAAUCCAUGUGCUUGUGUGUGAAGCUACCUGUAGACGUGCAAAUGAUCUUUGAUUAGUCAUCACUAUUUCUCAAUUAACUCCACACACAAUGCUGCAGCCAUUGUGUUGACCUUUCUUUGCUCCAAACUAAACUGAGAAUCUGAACCUCAAACUCCUCAUGAAGGUGGUGUGUGUUUGUCUGGUUCAGAGUCAUCCAUUGUAAUAGGUCUUUUUACCAACAUGUUUAAAAAGAGGGCAGCACAAUCACUGGGUGGGAUCCUUCUGUGUGGAGUUUACAUGUUUUCCCUGUGCAUGCAUGCGUUUUCACCAGGAGCUGCAACUUCCUCCCACAUUCCAAAGGCCUGCUGAGGUUAAAUGGUGAUUCUAAAUUGUCCGUAGGUGUGAAUGUGAGCGUGAUUGUUUUCUCUUUAUGCAGCCCUGUGAUAGACUGGUGACCUGUCCAGGGUGUCCCCCUAAUUUGCCUUCAUCCUAAAUCAGUUGGAUUAGACACCAGGACUCCCGCCACCCCACAGAGGGUUAAGCAGUGUUUAGAUAAUGGAUGAAUGUUUAAAAAAAUUUGAUGAUCACCCAAAUGUAAAAUGACAGUUUGCUGUUUAUCAAACAGAAAUUCAAAUUACAGCAUCAGUAUCAACAUGUCAGUCCGGAUUUGAUUUGUUGAGGUUGGGAGGCGUUCACCUGCAGGACAUCUGCUACCACCCCGAAGUACAAAGACAAACUUUUGAAACUUUGAAAAACUCAUCAGUAAAAUGUCUACAUCCCACUCUAUAUGCUAGUUACCCAGCAUAUGCUGUGCUAUAUGCUGUUACUCAGGAUAAUCCACAGACCUGCAUACAGUGUAAAAAGUCUUUCUUCACAGUGGAAACUAGUCUCUGUCUCUUGGUUGAAGUUGAACUUUGUAGGAAGAUUUUGACAGAAUGUUGGGGCUCUUCAUUAUGAAGCAAGGAUGUGUUAAUUUGCAUACUUUUCAUUAGAGCAGAAGAUAAUGUCGUGCAUGAAGUACAAUGAGCUGCUGGAAGUGAAAUGUAAAACUACAGAUGGAUAAACUACUAUUUUAGACUCAGGAUAAAGCAUUGUUAUGCUAAAUGUCUAUUCUGAAGAACAUAUAAAGUGUAUUUUCCUCUAUAUUGUUGUUUUGUUGCUGAAAGUUCCAUCAUUGACAGUAAAAUUCAAUAAAUAUGUUUAAAUGACA